GAGCUUUUUCGGAUCCAAAUCGUAAGAGAAGACCCGAAUCCGACAAGAAGGACUUCAAAGAGCCAAACCUCGGCCUCUCUCUCUCUCUCUCUCCAUCGUUCUCGAGAUCGUUCUCUUUCGGCUCGCCAUUGUUUCUCUGGGCGGGAGCUUCAAGCGGAUUAGGGAAGAAAAUGGUUCAGUUAUAUUUGUCAAAACCAGUGGCAGAUGCCUCUGGGGAUGGAGAUUUGGUUGAGGGAAGGUUAUCUCUUCUUCAGAGACUUGAAUCCAUUAUCUGGUCUAUUAUAACAUUAGGAGGGCGUUAUGAGGCUCGUUUGUGGCUUUGCAACACCAUUUCUUGCAUUCAGUGUAUUACAUCUCGCAACCAAUGUGAACUAUUUCGUGAGCUAUUAAGGUCCAAGCCAGCAAAACAUGAUGUGGCUGCUCAACUCUUACGAAUGAUCUUAGAAAAGAGCCCUGGAGAAAUAGGCCCUGUGAUUGCAAAGAAAAGCUACUUGCUUGAGAAGUUUUUUGAAGGAAACCCUAGACGCAUUUUACUAUGGUUUGACAAUUUCGCUAGUGUCGGUGAAUCAGGACAUAAAAAAGGCGCAAGGGCAUUAUCUCAGUUUGCAUUUGUGAACCGCGACAUGUGCUGGGAAGAGCUAGAGUGGAAGGGAAGUCACGGGCAAUCACCAGCUGUUGUUGCUACCAAGCCUCAUUAUUUCCAUGAUUUGGAUGUCCUGCAUACAGUGGAAAAUUUCCUCGAAUAUGUACCAGAUUUUUGGUCAUCACACGAGCUUGCCGAAUCUCUCAGGGAUGGCGAGAUUUUUAAGAUUGAUACACAAUAUUUUGUUGAUCAAUUCAUCAAACUCUUGUACGAGGAAAAUUUUAAAGAGUUAUGGGCAGCUGUAGAGAAAUUUCUCACUGAGGAGCAAUAUUCAUAUCUUUGCCAACAUCUUCUUGUUUUGCUUGACGAGCAUGAAUUGCUUGCUUUUUUGAAGUCAGUCAGCAAAUAUAUUUUUGCAGGUGUGCAACACAAAGAUUUUGGAUAUCCAUCUGGUUGGCUUGAAUAUCUUUUGUCAACCAGUAGUGAUAUGACUCUCAAUGAGCUUUUUCUACUGAAUGCUGUCAUUUCUCAUGGAAGAAAGCUCCUACACCUUCUCAGUGAUGAAGAGCAUGCAGAAGAAAAUGGGAGGUUGGAAGAGCUUUUGAGAACUGCCAGUAUGUUUAGUGAUGCAGAUCAUUGGGCUCUGAUUAGAGAAUGCAUGAGAAUGCAGAAGAAAGUCGCUAUAAAAUGGGCUGGCCUUCAUUCUUGGGCUCUUCACUAUUGCUUGUCAAAAGAAUGCAAGACUCGAGAAUCGUGUGAGUCAAUAUUCAUUAAGAAUGGUAUUGGUUUCCAGAAAGCUGAUGAUUACACCUUGAUAAACAAUGAUGGUUAUCAAGAGAUAUAUGGUUCUGGUGCUGAUGAUAAGGGCUCAAGGAGAACUGGUGGCCAGAAGAGGAAGAGAGAUAAGAAGAAAAGGAGAAGAAAUAAAAAUGAUCAUGAGGAGUGGAAUUCUGAUGGGCUGGAGGAUUUCAAAACAUUAAAUGGACAAGAAACACUGAAACUGGAAGAGAGGAGUUGGUUGCUUUCAACAGAUGGUUACUCCUGCUCAUGGCAUAUUGCUGAUUUACCAGAACACCUUGCUAGGUAUUGCUUUUUAACAUGGAUGAAGUGGAUUUACUCCAAGUGGUAGUUUAUUUGGCCUGUGGAUUCUGAUUGACCUCAAGAUGUUUGGGUUAUCCAAUGGACAACUUUGCUAUGCAGCAUGGGCUUACAUAUCUUAGUUCAGUGCUUGAGUUGUGUACUCUGCUAUUUGCGGAAAUAAUCUAAGAGACCUGUUGUUGAAGAACUGAUGAUGGGUCAUCAAAGGUCUUGUGAAGUACAUGGGGUGCUGCUAAGAUGGAUGGAUUCAUUGGCGCCCGUUAUUGUUCGUUGAAUCCAAGUACAAUAAGAAGCCCCAGUCUGCAAGGUAUAUGAUGAGGUUCAUUGACCCUCAAAAACAGUUGGAUGUUACUGGAUUAGUUGCAAGUCGAAGAGUAUCACGACUGUCCGUCUUUUAUUUUGCCAAAAAAUUUGUUGUAUCAUGUCUGUGAUUUCUUAAUCUUAUCAUCAUCAUAUGUUCUCGUCGCACGUACUUGUUGUAUAGUGUGAUCUCCGAGCAUCUUCCGGUUAUUUGUAGCAUUGUUAUGGUUGUGGAAUUCUUGUCUUGCCACCCUGUUGAUAUUUUUGUGUAAGGCCCCUUAUAUUGCUUGUUUUUCUCA